CAUAGUGACCAGAGAACGCGAUUUGGCCGUGAAGGAGAAACACCAGCUCCAAGCCAAGCUGGAGAACCUAGAACAGGUCCUAAAGCACAUGCGAGAGGCCGCGGAGCGGCGGCAGCAGCUGGAGUUGGAGCAUGAACACGCCCUGGCCGUCCUCAACGCCAAGCAGCAGGAAAUCGACCUCCUGCAGAAGGCUCAGGUUGAAGCUAAGAAAGAACAUGAAGGCGCAGUGCAGCUGCUAGAGUGCAGGGUGCGGGAGCUGGAGGAGAAAUGCCGCGCACACAGUGAGCAGUUCAGCCUGCUGUCCCGGGACCUGGAUCAGCUCCGGCAGCACGCGGGCGACAUCGACCUGCUGGGAGGCGGCCCCGUGGAUGUCCCCGCGUCCCCCGGCAAGCCCUUCCGGAGGCUCGUGAACGGAUUGGCUCCCUCCAGUGGCAAAGGUCAGGAAAGCUCCAUUGGAAGCCGCCCUGCGAUCGGUGAAUAUAUCCGGCCCCUCCCGCUCCCGGGUGACAAGCCAGAACCUCUGUCCGUCAAGCCCACCUUUCUGUCAAGAUCUGGUGGCCCAAGAUGCAGAUUUGAAUCCAACAUGGAUAAUGAACGGAAUUCCAAUACCACCAAGCAGAGAUACUCGGGGAAGGUCCACUUGUGUGUCGCCCGCUAUAGUUACAACCCCUUCGACGGGCCGAAUGAGAACCCGGAGGCUGAGCUGCCCCUCACGGCAGGGAAGUACCUCUACGUCUACGGAGACAUGGACGAGGACGGCUUCUAUGAAGGCGAGCUCCUGGACGGGCAGAGGGGCCUGGUGCCCUCCAACUUCGUGGAUUUUGUCCAGGACGAGUCUCGACUGGCAAGCGCCCUGGGGAAAGACCAGGAUCAGAACCUCGUCGACCACGCCGGCGUCGGCUCGGAGGGGGAGCGCAUCCUGGACCUCCGCUCGCCGACGCACACGGACUCCGGCCUCUCCGACCACGGGGCGGGGACGCUGGACAUGAGCAUCGAUGACAUCGGAGAAGACAUCGUGCCUUACCCUCGGAAAAUCACCCUCAUCAAACAACUUGCCAAAAGUGUCAUUGUGGGCUGGGAGCCCCCGGCGGUGCCCCCGGGCUGGGGCACCGUGGGCAGCUAUAGCGUGCUGGUGGACGCAGAGACGCGCCUGAGCCUGGCGCUGGGCGGCAGGACCAAGGCCCUGGUGGAGAAGCUGAACGUGGCGGCCUGCACCUACCGCAUCUCCGUGCAGUGCGUCACCAGCCGGGGCAGCUCAGACGAGCUGCGCUGCACGCUGCUGGUGGGCAAGGACGUGGUGGUGGCGCCGUCCCGCCUGCGUGUGGACAACAUCACGCAGGUCUCGGCCCAGCUCUCCUGGGCGCCCACUAACAGCAACUACAGCCACGUCAUCUUCCUCAACGAGCAGGAGCUGGACGUCGUCCGCGCCGCCAGCUACAAGUACCAGUUCUGCAACCUCAGGCCCAACGCGGCUUACAAGGUGAAGGUCCUGGCCAAGCCCCACCAGAUGCCCUGGCAGCUGCCCCUGGAGCAGAGAGAGAGGAACGAGGCCUUCGUGGAGUUCUCCACGCUGCCCGCAGGUCCUCCCGCCCCUCCCCAGGACAUUGCCGUCCAGGCCGCGGCCACCCCAGCCACUGUCCAGGUCUCCUGGAAGCCGCCCGCCCUGACGGCCACGGGGCUGUCCAAUGGAGCCAGCGUCACCGGCUACGGCGUGUAUGCCAAAGGGCAGAGGGUAGCUGAGAUCAUCUCCCCCACGGCGGACGGCACGGCCGUGGAGCUGGUGCGGCUGCGGAGCCUCGAAGCCAAGGGCGUGACCGUGCGGACCCUCUCCGCCCAGGGCGAGUCCGUGGACUCCGCCGUCGCUGCCAUCCCCCCCGACCUCCUGGUGCCUCCUGCCUCCCACCUGAGAACUGCUCCCACACCGAAGCCAUUAGCAAGUGCCGGAGUCCCCGAUACCAAAGAUGAACACCUGGGUCCGCACGCCGCGGCGGAUGAGGCCUGGGAGCGCGGCCGGGCGCCUGCUCCGGCCCACGGGCACCUGCUGGAGCCGCCCGGCCUGCAGGGCUCGGGCCCGGGGCGGCGGUCGCCCUCGCCCAGCCGCAUCCUUCCGCAGCCGCAGGGCGCCCCGGUCUCCACCUCCGUCGCCAAGGCCAUGGCCCGGGAAGCCGCGCAGAGGGUGGCCGAGAGCAGCAGGCUAGAGAAAAGGAGCAUCUUCCUGGAGAGAAGCAGUGGGCAGUACGCGAACUCGGAUGAGGAAGAUAGCUACGAGUCCCCCGACGUUAAGAGGAGGGGCGCAUCGGUGGACGAGUUUCUGAAAGGCUCGGAGCUAGGCAAGCCGCCGCACUGUUGCCACGGCGACGAGUACCACACCGAGAGCAGCCGGGGGUCCGACCUCUCGGACAUCAUGGAGGAGGACGAGGAAGAGCUCUACUCCGAGAUGCAGCCGGAGGAUGGGGGCCGGAGGCGGCCCAGCGGCACGUCCCACAAUGCCCUCAAGGAGUGCUCUAAGAAUAGGACCACUGAACGUGCUUUCUUGGAGCUGCCCGAGUACCCCCAACAGACUCAGCACAGCAAGAAGCUUUUCAGUAUCCCCGAAGUAGCCGAGGAGGAUGGAGAGCCCUGUGAGUUCUUGUACAAGCAGGGCUUAGGGGCCUCCUCCAGGGCCCGGAGCCGGCUGGCCGGAGAGCCCAGGCCCGCCAGGCCCUGCAGGGGGCACGAGGCCCCGCUUGGCUCCCGGGUCCCUGCCAAACCCAGGGGCCCCCAGGCCGAGGACUUCGUAUUCGAAGACAGAGGCUGUCGGUUCAGCCGCUCGGCCACCAGGAGCCCGGACAGCGGCCUGGACUGCGGGAGCGAAGAGGAGGAGACGCGGUUUAGUUUCCGAAGCCCCGCUGCCCAGGGCAGCCCCGGCCCCGGGCACUGUCCCUGUGGGAGGAGCCUGAGGCCCCUGCUGGCCCGGCGCCGGACGCUGACCCGGCAGAGCAGCAUCGAAGAAGAUUCUGGGGAGCCGGCGGAGCCCGGCCGUGUCGGCAGGAGCAGUGAGGCCCACCCGAGCCCGGAGAGGUCCGCCCCCAGCGAGUACAGCUGGGAUGAGCCCGCGGGCCAGGAGGAUUUCCGGCAUGUCUGCAAGAAAAGCAUAAAAAUGUCCAACAGUAGGGCCAGUGCCCGACACGCCCAGCCAACUCCCCGGGUAGCAGACGGUCCUUUGAUUUUAGGAAACCCGGUGACUGCUGGACGGGCUGAUCGGGUGGAUCGUGUGGGCCGGAGGUCUCCCCACGGCGGUGCUGGCCGCCACAGGUCCCGGCCAGCGAUGAUCCCGUCUGCCGAUGAGUACGGUGGGAGGAGCCGGCUUUCUCCAGACUUCUACGAAGAGUCAGAGACGGACCCUGGGGCGGAAGAGCUCCCACCCCGGAUCUUUGUGGCUCUUUUUGACUACGACCCCCUCACCAUGUCCCCGAACCCAGAUGCUGCGGAAGAGGAGCUUCCCUUUAAAGAAGGGCAGAUCAUCAAGGUUUACGGUGAUAAAGAUGCUGAUGGAUUCUACCGUGGGGAAACCUGCGCUCGGCUUGGCCUUGUUCCUUGUAACAUGGUCUCUGAAAUCCAGGCAGACGAUGAGGAGGUGAUGGACCAGCUUCUCAGACAAGGCUUCCUCCCCCUGAACACACCUGUGGAGAAAAUAGAGAGAAACAGAGCAAGCAGCAGGCAGCCCUCGGUGACGACGCGGCGGAUGGUGGCCCUGUACGACUACGACCCGAGGGAGAGCUCGCCCAACAUCGAUGUCGAGGCUGAACUUACGUUUUGCACUGGAGAUAUUAUUGCUGUUUUUGGUGAAAUUGAUGAAGACGGAUUUUAUUACGGGGAGCUUAACGGGCAGAAAGGCCUCGUGCCCUCCAACUUCCUCGAAGAAGUGCCUGAUGACGUAGAAGUCUACGUGUGUGACGCGCCGACCCGCUCCCCGCGGGGCCCGCCGACCCGCUCCCAGACGAAAAGGGUUCCUCCUGAGGGUUCAGGUACGGCCAGGAGAGUGCCAUCUCCCACAGCCCAUCUCCAUUCUGGGUCACCUACGUCAUCUAUGGGUACUGGUAGUCCUGGGAGAGGCAGGGAAAUGUCCUCGAGAAAGAAAAAGGGGCUGCUUUCCAAAGGCAAGAAACUGCUGAAAAAGCUGGGUGCAGUGAAAUGAUUCACGGGCUUCCGGACAACUUCCAAAUCUAUGUAAUUCUCUUUAAUUCCAAACUAGGGCUUUCAUGACUCAAGUACUUCCUAAAAAACCAAUCUCGUCCCCUGACACCAGUAGAGAAACGCUCUUUGCACUACCGUCCACUGUAAACCCAGCGCCAGGACAAAGAGCUGCUGGUGCCCCCGCCCGGCCUCCGUGCCCUGGCGGGAGCGGGGCUGUCCCGUGAGCGCGCAGGGCGGCCAGUAGCUCUUUGUAGCUCACUCCCUACCUGGGGUCCCAGUCGUUGUGCAU